AUGUAUGUGAAAUGGUUUGAUACAGGAAUGUUAUACUAUGUGAUUUUAGUGUAUUUAGUGAAUGUCACUUUUACAUUUUUGAAUUUCCCGCCAGUUCCAUCCCGACGUCUCAGGGAAUGGAACCCAGAAGACAGAUGCUGGCAUCGGCCGGAGGACAUUGCCGGGGACACUGCAGGGGGCACAUCGCGGGAGCGCAGGACAAGGUAAGUGAAGAAGAGAUCCUGGAGCAACGCUGCAGUGUAUUCCCGAGUGUAGCUCGGGGUUACCACUUGUGGUGCUGAAACUUUACCCCGAGCUACACUCGGGAAUACAGCCAGGGAGGUUAA